GCUAGGUCCAAUCUGCUUUGCUUCCUAUAUCUGUCUCUGCUGUCCCGCGCCCUGAGAGAGCACGCCCAGUAAAUUCACUUUCGAAACAACACAGUCCCACCCAUCCAAACACCGCUCCCCAUCCUGGCGUCAUCUGCUCCCACACUCGGUGCUCGUCUCCUCCUCUUACCACACAUUCUCACCUGCUGCACCGUGCCGUGCCGUUGCCUCUACUCCCGUUGAGCUUCGCUACCACUUCAACACGCCCUUUGCGCUCCUCACGUGUGCGCGAGUACCACCGCGAAUCUGGUCGCAUUCCGUUCACUGGCGCGUGUUUGUGCCUUGCCUUCUAUAUAAGAAACAUGGACGGCAAGAACUCUUCGGGACGCCGCGUGUCAUUGUUAAACGACGGGCCUGAGGCACCAUCUCUAGUUCGCCUCCCCUCCAUUACUCCUUCACUCCGCUCGCGCACGUCGAGCUACACCCCGUCACCCAUUGGCUCUCCGCCAACGCCACGAUUAGUGCGCAGCGACAGCUCGGAUUCCAUCACCAUGCAAACACCUUCGCCCAUCACCCCGGAGUUCGGGCCCUUUGACGGCCAGCUGCAAGGUCUGUCGUCGCCCUACCACGCGCAGCCUCAAUAUUUCGACAUGCCCCAAAACAACAUGCAAGCCAACGGCAUGCACCACCAAAACCUGCACCACAGCGACAUGAAGGUCGACAACUUCAACAGCUACGGCCCGCAGAUUGUUGGCCAGCUCCCGUACCACACACAACCCGCCUCGGUUUUCUAUCGCCAACCACAGAUGCCCGAGCAGCACAUCGGCUCGCCUGCAUCUGCGUCUGCAAACGUGCGACCCAAGAAGAACAGCUACCCCUGCCCCAUGGCCAAGCAAUUUGGAUGCACCGAUUAUUUCACCACCUCUGGACACGCCGCCCGCCACGCGAAAAAGCACACAGGCAAGAAGGACGCCUUCUGCCCCGAGUGCAACAAGGCUUUCACGCGCAAAGACAACAUGGAGCAGCACCGUCGCACCCACCAGAGCGGCCGCAGUGCAAAGGGCAGCGAAGGUGGCGUGAAGAAGACAAAGCCCGCCGCUAAGCGACCACGCCCGUCUCCUCUCCAGUCCUCGGCACCAGCCCCGCCUGCACCCUUCGACCCUACCUUGUCGAUGAGCCCGAACGGCAUGGCCUACAUGGCCCCUCACGGGCGAGACACGGCAUCCUCCGAGUACUCUCCCACUCUACUUCAAGAGCGAUCUGCAUACCCGGACCCUACCCAUUAUUCGAUGAGCCACGGUUACCCGGUUGGAUCGUCUUCGGGGCUUGACGCCCUCGCCAUCGCGGCGAGCGGCGAGAAGCGCAAGUUCGAGUAACUUGCUGCCUGGACUUCAGUGUUUCGAUUUUGCUCUUUGCCCCCGCCACCAUUAGCACGGCGUAGGCGGUUUUUUUUGGGAUUGAUUUCACGGCGUUCAAAACUUUGCACGCAAAGAAAUAGACGCGACGGCCGUCAUGGCUACGAACCGAGUGAGGCGUCCGGCACCGACACUCAGUCAUGUAUUUUGCUUCUACUACUUCCGGCCGGGCUUACUUCUGCCUCGGACCAUUUGGAGUGCGACCUCCAUCCGGAAUAUUAAUGUGCGCACUGCUUGGUGGCGGUGGGUG